AUAAAGGUCUCUGCUUCAAACACUCUGUACCAAAGCAGCAUCUGGGAGAAGAAGAAGAGAACAUCGGGGAAAAGAAGAAGAGAACAUCCGGGAAAAGAAGAAAAAGACAUCUGAGAAAAGACGACGAGAACAUCUGAGAAAAGAAGAGGACCACAUUCAAAACAGCUUUCCAAGAGUGAAAAUCGCAAUCGUUGACAACUAUGAAUAUGAAAACGUAUCAAGGCUUUCAUUGCUACCCAAAAAUACAGCAAGCAUGUUGGUAUCCAACCUCAUUGCUCUGUGUCUUCUGGUUGUGGCCGUGUCCGGUGAGGACAAAAAGCUGAGUCCCCAUGCAACCUCCAUGGCAGACACCAGCGCUAACCUAGCCUUCAAUCUCUACCACAAUAUGGCCAAAGAAAAGGAUCUUGACAACAUCCUCAUCUCUCCUGUGGUGGUGGCCUCCUCUCUGGGAAUGGUUGCCAUGGGGGGCAAAUCCUCCACUGCGUCCCAGGUGAAGAGUCUCCUGAAGGCUGACACCCUGAAGGAUGACCAUCUGCACACAGGCCUGUCCGAGCUUCUGACUGAGGUGAGCGACCCCCAGGCCCGCAACGUCACGUGGAAGAUCAGCAACAGGCUGUAUGGCCCCAGCUCAGUCAGCUUUUCAGACGACUUCGUCAAGAACAGCAAGAAGCACUACAACUACGAACACUCGAAGAUCAACUUCCGUGAUAAGAGAAGCGCCAUUAACUCCAUCAAUGAGUGGGCUGCCAAGUCGACUGACGGAAAGCUGCCAGAAAUUACCAAGGAUGUGAAAAACACAGAUGGGGCUAUGAUCGCCAAUGCUAUGUUCUUUAAACCCCACUGGGAUGAGAGGUUCCACCACAAGAUGGUUGACAACCGAGGUUUCCUGGUUUCCCGCUCUCACACGAUCUCUGUUCCAAUGAUGCAUCGCACAGGUAUCUACGGCUUCUAUGAUGACACACAGAACAAGCUGCUUGUAGUCAGCAUGCCUUUGGCACAUAAAAAGUCCAGCAUGAUUUUCAUCAUGCCCUACCAUGUGGAGCCCCUGGAAAGGCUGGAGAAACUGCUCACUCGCCAGCAGCUGGACACCUGGAUCAGCAAGCUCGAGGAAAGAGCGGUCGCCAUCUCUCUACCUAAAGUUAGCAUGGAAGUCAGCCAUGACCUUCAGAAACCUCUUGCAGAACUUGGUCUCACUGAAGCCGUGGACAAGUCUAAGGCAGACCUGUCCAACAUUUCUGGCAAGAAAGAUCUUUACCUCGCUAAUGUCUUCCAUGCCUCUGCCUUGGAGUGGGACACAGAGGGAAACCCAUUUGACACCAGCAUUUAUGGUAGCGAGAAGAUCAGGAACCCCAAGCUCUUCUACGUCGACCAUCCCUUCAUUUUCCUUGUGAAAGACAAUAAGACCAACUCCAUUCUUUUUAUUGGCAGGCUAGUUCGGCCUAAGGGUGAUAAAAUGAGAGAUGAAUUGUAACUUUUAGGCUAUUUGAAUUUUUCUGAUGUUUUUUAAAUGGUAUUAUUGCUGUUAUUGGUUUGACUGUUACCUCAUGUGGCCAUUCCGAUGGAUUAUCUGUGUAUGGACAAUCUCAGUGAAACGUUCAGAGCAAAAACCUAUUUUUAAGGAGACUGGUUAUAAACAUCAGGAGCAAUACAAUCCUAUAAGUGAAGAAUUAGAACCCUACAAAUGUAACCAGAGAUUUGACAUCAAUUUGUUAAUGUGUAUUAUUCGAUCAGACACUAUGCUUAUAUUAAGCGUAGUGUCAUUGAUGUUAAACUGUGGUAUUUAGGAUUGUGCUUGUAGAACCUCUCUUUAUGAGAAUGUGACAUCUUUGUAGGGUUUGCCUUAUCUUUAAUGUUUAAAGGGAAAAGGUAGUCCUAUUCAAGUGUUUCUCAAGCACAGUUUGUAGGUUUCUAUGAUUUCACUUCUAGCCAACAAAACACGCUUGGCUCCUGCACUGAUGUUAUGUUUAACAUCAUAGAUUUAACACUCUUAGAUGUUAUUGUCAGUACCAUAUAGUUUCAUUUGAGAAAGUGUGUUGAUUUUUUAUCCUUUUCAUUGUUUUUUUUUUUCAAUAAACUUAAAUUUUUGAAAAUA